AUGGAUCAACCCUCGAUGGCUGAAAAGGCUCAAAGUGAGGCAGACACUGAUGACUUGGAUGUGUUCUCUCACCCCAGCUCACCAACCACACACCACAGGCCAGGCCAUGGUGGAGUCCACCGCCAUCACCAAAGGGUGUCCCGUCCCCAUGGUGAGUCCCACCAUCAUGGCAUAUCCCCUCAUCGUGGUGGAUCUCAAGACUUCCAUGACAAUGCCUUCUCCCGCCAUUCCCACCGCUCCCCCAACCAUGGUGAGGCCCACCACUCCUCAUGCCUCUUCCCGGAUACUUCCCGUGGCACUUUCAUCUCCUACCAUUCCUAUGGUGAGGACAACUUUGAUGAUGAGUACCACCACGGUAGCAGGAGACAUCAUGGGAGGCCCCACCAACACAGGGAGCCCUACCACCAUGGGGGCCUCAACCAACAUAGAGAGUCCUACCACCAUGACGAGCACCUCCACGGCCACCGUGACGAGCCCCAGCACAGAGAGCACCAGCACGGUGCACAUCCUCAUGAUUACCUCCACCGAGAGCACCGCUAUGGGGAGUACCAUCACGGUAGCUCACUACUCUUCUCUGGCCCAUACACGUCCCACAGCGUGGCCUCACCCUCCCUCAGCUCUGCCUAUUCUUGUCAAGUAGCCCCCCAACCUAGCAAGCCAGACAGACAGAGCUCGGCCUUCAGCCUGGCUCGUUCCCUGAACACAGUGCACUCACACCCUGCCCAGACCUCCAGCAAAGUCCAUCCUCAGGGCUCCUCCUCUACAACCUCGGAAAGCUGGCCCGAAGAAGACGAGCAGAUUCAGAAGCGCAAAACUGGCCGAGCCCCACGAACCCACAAGAAGCGGCACACUGCGGACCUCUUCUAUUUGUUGUGGGAACAAUUAAGCCACCUCAUUUGGGGCCUUUCGAGAAUGCUCAGGAAACUGACUGACUCCCUGGCCUUUGAAGCCUUUGUCGUCUUCAUCGUCUGCCUCAACACCAUCAUGCUCGUGGCCCAGACCUUCGCUGAAGUCGAGGUCCGGGGUGAGUGGUACUUCAUGGCCUUGGACUCCAUCUUCCUCUGCACCUACGUGGUGGAAGCUGUGCUCAAAAUCAUUGCUCUGGGCCUCAAGUAUUUUUUGGACCCCUGGAACAACCUGGAUUUCUUCAUCAUGGUCAUGGCUGUGCUGGACUUCAUGCUCAUGCAGGUCAACUCUUCCUCCAUGCGCGUGGUCUACAACCAAAGCAUCUUCCGCAUCUUCAAGGUCUUCAAGAGCCUGCGAGCCUUACGAGCUAUCCGGGUCCUGCGGAGGCUCAGCUUCCUGACCAGCCUCCAGGAAGUGACUGGGACCCUGGCCCAGUCCUUGCCGUCCAUCACCGCCAUCCUCAUCCUCAUGUUCACCUGUCUCUUCCUGUUCUCUGUGGUGCUCCGGGCACUGUUCUGCUACUCUGACCCCAAGCGCUUCCAGAACAUCUUCACCACCAUCUUCACCCUCUUCACCUUGCUCACCCUGGACGACUGGUCCCUCAUCUACCUGGACAGCCGAGCCCAGGGCGCCUGGUACAUCAUCCCCAUUCUCAUGAUAUAUAUCAUCAUUCAAUGCUUCAUCUUCCUCAACCUGGUGAUUGCUGUCCUGGUGGAUAACUUCCAGAUGGCCCUGCUCAGAGGCCUGGAGAAAGUGAAGCAGGAGGCCUCCCAGAUCCAUGAGAAGCUACUGGAUGACUCACUGACAGAGUUCAUCGAAGCAGAGCCUAAAGAGGUGAUAAGUGGACACACUAUACAGAAGCAAUUCAUUGAGAAAAAAUUUGGAGGCAUGACUGAGAAGCAGCGGAAGCUCCUGUUCCACUUCCUGCAGCUGGUGUCCGGGGUGGAGCAUUACCAGCAGAAAUUCCGCUCCCAGGCAGCUGUCCUCGAUGAGAUUGUGGACACCGCGUUUGAGGCUGGAGAAGAGGACUUCAGGAAGUGA